CAGAUUUUGCAAUGUGUGCGCUCUCAUCAGGAGGCUCCAGGAGCAGUUCACGCAUAGGGAGCAAGUGCCAAGUGUCUAGGGCCUGAGCCAAGGAAGCAGAGACCCAGGGUGCAAGGGGCUGGGAGCAGGGCUUCCUCCCCGGGGACUAUGGAACUGAGAUCCCCUGGCAGCAGGACAGGUCUCUCCACAGGGCUGUUUCUCCUGCUUUGUGCUUUCCUGCCUCCUGAGACACCUGGGAAAGAAGUGAAUCUCCUGGACACAAGCACUGCACAGAGUGAACUGGGCUGGCUUCCGGAUCCUCCAGAAACAGGGUGGAGCGAGGUGCAGCAGAUGAUAAACAGCACCCCCAUCUACAUGUACCAGGACUGCAGCGUGCUCUCGGAGGGCGACACUGAUCACUGGCUCCGGACCAACUGGAUCUACCGGGGUGAGGCAGCCUCCCGCAUCUACGUGGAGCUAAAGUUCACUGUGCGUGACUGCAAGAGCUUCAAGGGUGAGGUAGUGACCUGCAAAGAGACCUUCAAUCUCUACUAUAUGGAGUCAGAGCAGGAUGUCGGCAUCCAGUUCCGUCGCCCCCUGUUCACCAAGGUCAACACAGUGGCAGCAGAUCGGAGUUUCACAAGCCGGGACAUUGAGUCAGGCGUUAUGCAGCUGAAUGUGGAAGUGUGCCCCAUACGGAAGCUGUCUCAGCGCGGAUUCUACCUGGCUUUCCAGAACUCUGGGGCCUGUGUGGCUCUGGUCUCUGUCCGGGUAUAUUACAAGACCUGCCCAGAAACAGUGGUGGGACUGGCCCACUUUUCAGAGACACUGGCAGGCUCAGAGGGGCUCACAGAGGUGCGAGGGGUCUGUGUAGAGGACGCAGCCGAAGAAGCAGGUUUCCCACCCAGGAUGCAUUGCAGUGCUGAUGGGGAGUGGCUGGUGCCAAUGGGCCGGUGCCUGUGUGCUGUUGGGUUUGAGGAGGCUGACAGAAGCUGUGUAGCCUGCCAGCGAGGAUUCUACCGUCACUCCCCAGAGACUGAGCACUGCCUCAAGUGCCCCCCAAACAGCUCAUCCAGUGCUACAGGGGCCACAGCCUGUCCCUGCAACCUGGGCUUCUACCGGGCACCCACUGAGAGUCAAAGUGUUGCCUGCACUCGCCCCCCUUCUAGUCCCCGCAAUGUCAGCUUCUCCCUGUUGGGGACGCAACUGUCUCUUUGGUGGCAGCCACCCAGCGACCAUGGUGGGCGCAAGGAUCUGACCUACAGUGUCUCAUGCCAGCGCUGCUCUGUCCUGGCAUGUGAGCCAUGUGAGGCUAGCGUGGUCUUCUCCCCCAGUGCCUCAGGCCUCAACAAUACAUCCAUAGAUGUGAAUGGUCUAGAGGCUUAUACCAACUACAGCUUCACUGUGAUGGCACGUAAUGGUGUCUCAGAGGUCAGCCCUUUCCCCCAGCGGGCCUCCCCUGCCAUCUGGGUCUCUGUCGGGCAUGCAGCUCCAGUAACAGUGUCCCACCUGACUCUCACCCAACGUGACGACAGCAGCCUGUCUGUGUCUUGGCCAGCCCCACGACACCGCAGCCGGAGCUCAGUGCAGUACGAGGUCAUGUACUUUGAGAAGGUGAGAG